AUUUGGUUCCGUAUCCAUUGGAUCCUAUCAAGGAACACCUGCUCCUAUAAAAAGAAUUUAGAUGACUGAACACAAUUGUGAUAUCAUGCACGAAAUCCUGGUUUGUUUAAGACUAUCUCAUCCAAACAUAAUUCGUUUUAUGGCAGCUGAUAAAAGUGAAUCUUUUCUACUAAUUGCCAAAGAAUAUAUACAUGGGGCAAGUCUUGACAAAGUUCUGCAUUCUUCUGAAACCACCCUGAAGAUUGAAGAAACAAGUAAGAAAGCUUAUCUGACUGACUGGGGUCUGGCAAACAUUUGGGAUUCUGUGCUCCUGAACAGAGGAAGUAGAAUAUCCGAAGUGUUCAGUGGACCUCUAGGAGGAACUACUAUUUAUAUGGCUCCUGAAUGUUUGAUAAAAUAUGGAAAUUGUACAUUAAAGUCAGACAUGUGGUCCCUUGGAAUUACAUUACUUGAAUUGUUUACUAAUAAAAUCCCAUGGCAAGUGAAACAUUGUCAAGAGUUACAUAGUCUGAUGUACGAGGAAUGUUUUCCUCAUGCCAUGGAACAUUUAGAGUCUAAAUAUAUGGACAUAAUUGGUAGCUGCUUUACGUACUCAACUAGUUCUAGGCUUACAGCAGGAAAGCUUGUUACUUUUUUAAAGACUGCAAAUUUCAUAGAUUUGAAAUAA